ACAAAGCGGUCCAAGUUUUAAAGGGCAGAGUUGUAAAAACUCCCAGGCUGUGGGAGUUAGCGAAUAACGUCUCAAGAUCCAUUUAUUCCCCCACUGAAGCCGAGGAAGACCUACCUGGAGCGUUACUACUGAGAGAUAACAUAUUUAUUAUUUUGUAUUGAUCUUUUGUAUAGGCUUAAGUUGCAAUUUGGUGGAGAUUCCUCUUGGUGCAAGGAGCAGCCGUAAAUUUCCAUGUUCCUGAGUCUAAUCCUGCUCCAGGGAAGAAGGAUAUUCUCUUUGGCAUUGAGCACUUCAUCACAGUUUUUCAUUCCGUCGAUCACUGCUGCCUAGGAGGUUUUUGCAGCGCUCUGGAAAAUUAAAAGCAACUCUGUGACGGAAAAGAAACCGGCCAAGCAGCUACUAUGCAGCUUGAAAUUCAAGUAGCACUCAACUUUAUUAUUUCCUAUUUAUACAAUAAACUUCCUCGACGACGUGUGAAUAUCUUUGGCGAGGAGCUGGAGAGGCAGCUGAAAAAGAAGUACGAAGGCCACUGGUAUCCAGACAAGCCAUACAAAGGCUCAGGGUUCAGGUGCAUCCAUGUAGGGGAGAAGGUGGACCCUGUGGUGGAGCAGGCAGCCAAAGAGAGCGGGCUGGACAUCGACGAUGUCCGAAAUAACCUCCCUCAGGACCUUAGCGUGUGGAUCGACCCGUUUGAGGUUUCCUACCAGAUCGGUGAGAAGGGACCGGUCAAGGUGCUAUAUGUGGACGAUAACAGCGAGAACGGGUCAGAGCUGGACAAGGAGAUCAAGAACAGCUUUAACCCUGAGGCCCAGGUCUUCAUGCCCAUCAGUGACUCUGUAGGGGCGUCCUCAGAGUCCAGCUCCCCGUCUCCUCCCUUUGGUCAGUCGGCUGCUGUAAGCCCCUCCUUCAUGCCUCGUUCCACCCAACCCCUGACCUUCACUACCGCCACUUUUGCCGCCACCAAAUUUGGUUCCACCAAGAUGAAGAGCAGCGGCCGUGGAGGCAGCAGUGGGGGCAGCAGCGGCAAGUUGGCACGCACUUCACCAACCAACAACCUGGGCCUGAAUGUCAACACCCUGCUGAAGCAGAAAGCCAUGUCCACCUCCAUGCACUCACUGUACGGGCUGAGCCUGGGCCAGCAGCAGCAGAAAGCUUCUGCCCUUUCUCCCAAUGCCAAGGAGUUCGUGUUCCCCAGCCUGCAGGGCCAGGCCAGCCCCGGGGCCGUCUUCCCCGGGGAGGGUUCCCUGGGCAGUCUCGGCCCCCUGCCGUACAGCAAUGCCUUUGACAUGUUCGCAGCCUACGGAAGCCUCAACGACAAGUCCCUGAUGGACGGCCUCAACUUCAGUCUGAGCAACAUGCAGUAUUCUAACCAGCAAUUCCAGCCGGUCAUGGCUAACUGAACUCAUCAUCUUCAUCGUCUUCAACUUCAUCAUCAUCCACAAGGUUCUUAUUUAUGAGUGACGGUGGCUCAAAGAGAAGGAAACAAAAUACCAACACACACUUUAGUGAACUGGACUCUGGAGGACCUAGGGUCUAGUCAGUCAGGCAAGCGCAUGUGCCCAAGGGCAUUUUCUUUCAUUCUUUCUUUUUUAUGGCGGCCCCUUGAGUUUGGUUUCUACUGAAGAAAAACCUUGUUGUACAAACACAUCCAAGUCUGAAAACACGCACUGUUGUUUUUCUUUUCCCUUUUUGCCAACCAAGCACAAAUUUUUUUACUAUGUUGAGAAAAAAAAAUACUGCUAAAAAGUAAGAAAAAAAAACCAAAACAAAACAAAAAAAAACAAAAAAAAACACAAGUUUCAAGUUUGGGCCUCUUACAGUAUUUUACAGGUGGUAAGACAAGGCUGAUUUUUAUGGAUUGGCACUACUACGUGGGGUUACUUGGUCUUUUUCUAAUUGUAUAAUUUAAUUUAGUACAGAGUUUGUAAGAUAUCAGAGUAUAUAUUGUUUCUAUGACAUGGUGUUGCAUUUAUAUCUUUUUACUACUCCAGUGAUCUGUGAUGGCUGCAGCAGCUUUUCCUUAUUUUUGUUUUCUUUUUUUAAAGAUAAUUGUUAAAGAAAUCCAUCUCUAAAAAAAUACGUCACCUAUUCUAAAGAUUGUGUACAGAGUAUUCCUGAGUGGUGGAAUUCAAAUGUAGGAAUAUUUUGCUUUUUUCCUGAAAGAUGAAUUGUAUUUUCUGUUGAAGAGGUGAAAAAAGAUUUUUGCUAUACUAUGGACAAAAAUGUAAUCGUAUGAAUAUUAAUUUUGUACCUACAUUGUGCAAUACUUGAUAAAAAAAAUACGGUAUAACAAAGUAUUUUGAGUCAGUGUCUUACAUGUCAAGAGGGACUGAAAUAGUUUAUAUUGUUAAGUUUGUAUUAAAUGCUUAAAAAUGAUAUGCUUGUCUUUAUUUUUUUUAAUUUCAUAUUUGCACCCUGGUCUUUUUAAUAAAAUAAACAACAGUUGAACAUGA